AGGAGGAGGAGGAGGAGGAGGAGCAGGAGGAUCCCGAGCUUCAGUCAGUGGACGACGCGCUGACACGAUUCUCCGCGAUUCUAAAAUAACGUGGAGCAGCGCGAGCAGCCCGUUCCCCAGUCUUCGCUCUGCCAGGGAAGCCGAACAAUGGGAACGCUCCGAGCCCGUGAUGUCAAACGGCACGCCGCGCGCGCGUUCCCCGCCACGUACGAUCCCGAGCGCGUCGCGGAGAACUGAGUGAUGGUGACGGAGGGCCACGGGGAGCCAGAGCGAUUUUCAGCCGCAGAGAGAGGCCAGCAGGGCGGACACCCCCUUCCGUCUCUAACCUGAAUCCUGUGGAGAGUGUGUUGUACAGAGUGUGUGCGUAGGAGAGAGCCGGUGGGAGCGAACGAGCCAGCGUGUGUGACCACUCUCACAUGGCCUCGAUGCAGGACGGGGUGAACUUCACUGCUCCCCCCUACGGCAAGGUGUUGCUGCUCGGGGCUAUCGCCGCCGCCUCGGCUUUCGUCGUCACCAUCCUCAUCGUUGUGCUGUGUGUGGGCUGCCAGAGGAAGGGGAAGAGUCACAAUGGUUCUGGUGAAGAGAGAAAGCACAGACUCAUGGACAUGAGUAUAUUGCGUCAGUCCAAGCUGCGCUCCAUCAGUAAGUCAGACACCAAGCUCCAUGAGAUGAACAGACUCAACUGCAAUGGCAAAAAAUCUUCUAAGAAGAAUCGUCCUGCCAGCAUGGACCUACUCCUGCUGCCUAGCCGCCGCUCCAACUCAGACCUUCGCUCGCAGGGCCGCCAGCUGCCCCAGAUUCCAUCUGGUGAAGACGGGGAGCACACGUACGCAGAGGUAGGCCGCCGCUCCUCCCCGACCCGCUGUCCCGAAGACUCUCUGAGGGGUCGAGCAGGGGAGACAGACACGCCUGCACCCCCUGCUGUGCCCGCCAACACCCCGGCCCCACCUGACCCGGAUAGCGAUGGCCUAGAGGGUGCCAUUCCGGAACCAGAGACCCUCCCCCAGGUGGUGAACCCACCCCCACAGCCCCAGGAGACGGCCGAGUAUGCGUGCAUCAGGAAAGUCCGCAAAGUGGACAAAGCGGCCCAGAAGAGGGACAACGGGACAGAGACAGAAGAGGGCCUUGGGCAACAACGGCAUAGCAGCGGAGAGCUCAGACAUGCUCCGCCCACUCAUCCAGCCCCACCCCCGCCACACCCACACAGCCAGAAGAUCCCACGCAAAAACGUGGAGGCCUUCAACCUGCCAUCCUUUCCUAAGGAGGCAGUGUUUAUUGGAAAUGGAGAGGAGUACAUAUGGAAGCCUCCAGAAGAUGAUGACAUCAUGUUCCAGCACAAGCACAUAGGCCCUCUGAGUCCUCACAUGGGAGACAGCAUGGCAGCAUCUGCAGCUGGGAUCUCAGAAAUGUAUUCUAAAGUGUGCAAACCGGGUAAGAAGAAGAGAGGCAUGCCCGGCUCCCCCACUGCCCCAAGAGACAUCAGUGGGUAUCGGACCUUGGCCCGCGGUGACCGUGGGGAGCGAGACGGGGGCUUUAAUGUGGUGGUCAAGCCACAGACAUGGGCGCCUCAGGAGGGCAAAAGCUCAAGAGCUCCCCCUGGUUCCAUGGAGGACCACUGCUAUGAGGCCAUCAGCACGGAAGAGAGCGAGAUGGCCUACGAUGCCAUGGAGGGUGGGGGAGGCUGGAAGAGGGACAGGCCACCACCCAAUGCCAGCGCCACCCUGCGGCCCAAGAAGAAGAAGCCCCAGCAGCCCUUGCAGCAGCCACCGCCCCCUCCUCCACCCCCUCAGCAGACGCCCAAGCUGCAGCACUUGCCGGCCAAAGCCCUGCUGCUGCCCGGGGAGAAUCUAUACGAUAGCAUUCCUGACCUAAAACAGGGCUCAGCCACCUCCAGCACCACCACCAUCUUCACGUUUAAUGACGGAAUGGAAAUGUACGUCACCGGCCUGUAGGGGGAGCUCUAAGUGAUUUUUAAAUACGACAACACUUCCCCUGUUGCAGCCGGGUGGGGGAAAAAGAUGUGACCGCUUGAACAUAAAGGGGUUUUCCUCUUGCACUCAUUCACACAUCUUGUUUACAUUUCAGUUCCCAAGUAGCCCCACUCAUUGCCUUACUGAAGCAGUCUGGGAAGGGGACUUUUCUUAUGGAAUAUGGGCUCAAGUCUUGAAAGGAAAAGCUGUUAUGUUGUAUGUCACCUGGUAUACAUGCAUUGCACUACCACUGUAUAUCUAACAUGAAGUACCAGUAUAUAUUGUCCGUUGACUGAGUUUUGAAAGCUUGGUGGAAAAACAAUGAUAAAAUCUCUAGGGAAAAUACCUACGUAGCUCAGUUAUUUUAGCCAGCCGCAUAUCGUUGCGAAGGAAAGCAACAGAAUCAUUCACCAAUUACCAACUCCAGCAUAUCACUUUAACAUAUAUCGCACAGGCAACUGUAUUAGAUGGGGGAUUCCCAGUUAGGAAUUCUUGUUUUUGGCAGCACACUCACUUGCCCAUUAGUUUUCAUUUGGGUGUCCAUCGGAAUUGCGGGUCAAACUUUAAUGUAACCUCUAGAAAUUUCCAAAGGGGAGAGGAAGAAAUGAGCACAACUGUGGUAAGAGGAGUCAUGUUGAAAAAGGCACAGAGCAUUUGUACUGAAACAGCAGAGUAUACCGACAGAGGAAAACGAUGAAGUAAGAAAACGCCCUUAUUUUGGUGACGUUGCAUUUGCAGAAGAUAAGCUGUAAAGCAAGUCUAACCGGGAAAGCUGUCGUCAAACCUUUUACCGUCGAUUGACAAUGAGCAGAAGCCUUUAUCUAAAUUGUUUAUAGGAAACCUGAUCCAGUUUUAGAGUACAGCUUUAUCCUAAAGCUUUAGAAAAACAUGUGGCACUAUUUUUGUAAUGAUAAAGCCUCUAUUUCUGUAAAGAAAUUAUAUGAGGAGAUAUUAAAGUGGAUAUAAAAGGAGUAUCCCCAUUCAUUGAAUCACACGAGUGCAGUAUUGUAUUGCUAUAAAAAAUGAUGCCCUAUUUUAUUCAGAAGCACAGAAGCAUAUACUGCGAAUUUUCACUUUUAGCACUUAAUCCGUUAUUGACCCCUUGUGUGAGGGAAAGGUGAUUUGAAUUGUGAACUCCAAAGUAAUUCUAGUAUAAUUACGGUAGCAAUUACAGAGAGACCAUUAAGAGAAUUAGCAGAAGCUCAGGGACAGUGAAAAAUCUAAAGGUAAUAGAAUUAGUACAUGUACUGUUGAAACGAAAGUGUUUGGCGUUGGACCCUGAUGCGCCCAUUCAAUGGGGUUUUAUUUUGUGUUUUCAUGGUCUUUCCUUUUUUCAUUUUUAAGCUCAUAACAUGAACACCAAACUGGCUGUGUAUGAGUCACCACUGCCAUAUAGUACAGUACAGUAAGUGUUUUACUUUGUCAAUACUGUUAAUGCACUUUGCCUGACAAAAAGAUGCAUGCUUUCAAGAAGAAAAAAAAACGUAUAAAGGAAAAAAAGACAAGAAAAAAAGAAGCACUGUUAUGUGGUACCUGAGAAUGGUUUAUUUCUUGCUGUCGUCGGUUGCUUAUUUGAUUUAAAAUGCCUUUUCCUCCAUCAAAGAAAGAGCACAGUGUUGUUUUGCUUGGGGACCGGAGAGCCUGCUAUCGGGAUGACUGCGCGAGGAGAACUCUAUCUUACAGACUUUGGGAUAAACGGAAGCAGAAAGCUACUGGUUGUUGUAAACAUAUCGUAGACAAUCCUCCUCCUUUCUGCCAGGACCAGCCAGGAAGUUUGGCCUGCUCACUUUGUAAGUGAACGUAAUGCUACAGGUGGACUCAAAUGUCACCCGGCUGUGCUACAACACAUUAAACGGUAAAGUCUACCACUAUACUAACUGAAUUGGAAGCUAAGGUAAUCAAAUAUUAUUGAAAGAGUUGUUCAGUAACCAGUGUAUGGUGCCCUACAGUUAUUUUUACAUUUAACUUAUGUCCACCUGCUGUGGCGCAAAAAAUGGACAAUGCCACUGUCUGUGAAGAGAGAAAAAAAAGAGUCCUUCCCUAACAAUGGGAUGUAAAAUUGACUAAACUAGCCUAAGUGGCCUGACCACGCAGAGAAAAAAUGAAUUCUAUGAGUACAGCACAUGAUUACUGUCAUAUAUGUUGGCGCAAUGUUGUAAAUAUGUUACAAAGAAAAGAAAAAAAAGAAAAAGGAGUGAAUAAGAUGAAGUUGCCCUAGGUGUUCUGGAGCGUAUAUGUUUUUUGGGUUGUUCAUUUGGAAUGAUUUUUUUUCCUCUGGUGAAAACUUUGCUCAGCAGUAUCUGUGAGUUUUGAGAUUAUUUUUCUUUUACGUGUGUGGAGUUUAUUGUUUUCUUUUUUUUUUCCCCCUUGCCAUUUCAACUGUAACGUGUAAUUCCAAGGUCAACCCAGUAUUUGUGUGGCAGCUGAUGUUGUGCGUUUGCUUAUCAGACAACAGGGUGGUGUGUAUUCAAGUACUCAUGUGCAAAGAUUGUAAUGUUUUUAUAACAAAAUUACUAUUCAUAAAAAUGUGGGGUCAAGUUUAUACUUUUGUAAUAAAGUAGCACCUAAAAAAUA